CGGCUUUGCUUCGAGCGGGAGCUCAGGAAGCCGCGUCGUCGAAGGAUUUGUGAGUAACCGCGCUGCUAUUCGGCGACCAAAGAGACAAGGACGCAUGCAGAGAGCCGGGAUAAGGAGCGCUACCACUUCUUCCACUUCCAUCCUUCCACCUUCCUUUACUUUCCUCCUCCUUUUCCACCUCGUGCUCCCGUUCUUCCCCUACCCUCCCACCAUCAACACCAACACCGACAACCACUCACCACUACUAUCUCGAGGAAGAAAGAUCCUGGAAGGUUCCUCAUCGGAACGAGGGAGGCUCUCUGCACACCUACGACAGCCGGUGGUCGCAUCCGUGAGUCGGCACGGUAGGGAGAUGUCUCCCGGUCCUCCUCCAACCAGAAUAAGCGAGAGACAACGCCGCCGCCGCCGCCGUCGCCGCCGAAGAAUACGAAGACGAAGACGACGAAGACGACGACGGCGACGACGAGCACGAUCACGACCAGGACCACGAGGAGGAAGAAGAAGAAGAAGAGGAAGAGGAAGAAGAGGAAGAAGAAGAAGAAGAAGUAGAGGAAGAAGAAGAAGAGGAAGAAGAAGAAGAAAAGAAGAAGAGGAAGAAGAAGAAGAAGAAGAAGAAGACGACCAGGACGAAGACAACGAGUACGACUUGCCGGGGACCUUUGGCGGUUACACACCGCGUCCUACCGUCCUCCGGUGUGCCUACCUAUUCGGGCUACCAGCGAUCCCGCCGACCAAACGGAGCUUCAGUCGACGCCGCGCAUCCAAACGGUCCAGACCUGUCAGCCCGGAAGAUAGCCGCGCACUAUCCCGAACACUUCUCUUAGACAACUAUCCUAUAUAUAUAUAUAUAUAUAUAUCCAGAUCCUAUUAAGUCUUUGAAUUUCUCAUCAAACUUUUAUCAACUUUUAAUUAUUUCCUAUUGCCUACUCGUGAAUCAUCGAGUACGUCUACGUCCCUUCAUACUCGCGAGUUUUUUUCGCGCUUUUUUCUUGGAACAUAGAACAUAGAGGGAGGGAGGGAGAGAAAGAGAGAGAGAGAAAGAGAAAAAAAUAGAACGUGUUCACGAGGAAGAAGAAAAUCCGAACCUCUUGAAGAAUCCUCUGGAUCGGUAGUAGCGUAGCUUGCUCACCGAAGACAACGAAGAAGACAACGAAGAGGAGGAAGAAGAAGAAGAAGUAGAAGAAGAAGAAGAAGAAGAAGAAUAAGGAGAAGAAUAAGGAGAAGAAGAGGAGGACGAGGACGAGAACGACGAGGACGAGGACGAGGACGAGGACGACGACGACGACGAAGACGACGACGAGGACAACGAAUCCUUCGGGUCCGGGUAUAAGCAGUGAUCUCACUCGUGGUAAUCGCACGCAGCCGGUCUCGAGAGGCUGCCUAGCUGUGCGGGAGGCAGAAAAGAAGAGAGAAAGAGAGAUCUUGCAGAACUUGUAGAGGAGAGAGCGAGAGAGAGAGAGAGAGAGAGAGAGAGAGAGAGAGAGAGAGCAAGAGAGAGAGAGAGAGAGAGAGAGAGAGAGAGAGAGAGAGAGAGAGAAGGUAUACGUCGUCGUCUCUUGUGGAGAAGUGGUGGAAGGACUCUCGAGGCGUUAGUCAGAGAGCGUGAGGAGGGAAAAGGAGACAGUGGGAGAGAUCUUGGCUCGAGAGGGAGAGAGAACGAAAGAGAGAGAGAGAGAGAAAGAGAGAGAGAGAGAGAGAAAGAAAGAGAGAGAGAGAGAAAGAGAGAAAGAGUGAGCGAGCGAGCGAACGAACGAGCGAGUGAGCGAGAGAGAGAGAGAGAGAGAAAGAGUUAGCGAGGGAACGAGCGAGAAGGAGAGAGAAAGAGAGAGAGGGUCGAGACCAAGAGAAGGAGCGGUGGGAAUUUAUAAGGAUGUUCGCGAUAAUGCCGAUGGAGACAGAGGGGCACGGCAGGGAGUUCGGCCGGCGGCAGAAGAUGCGCGCCAAGUGCACCGUAGAGUUCGUCUGCAAGUACUGCCAGCGGCGCUUCACCAAACCGUACAAUCUAAUGAUUCACGAGCGUAGUCACAAGGACGAUGUGACCUUCACCUGCGAGGUCUGCGGAAAGUCCUUCAAGCGGCAGGAUAAUCUCAAGCAGCACAGAUGUGGGUGGCGGUGAGCGGGAGCUCUGAACCUCCUGCACCUUGACACAUACACAAUGCACACAAGAACAAUAUCAACAAUAUCAACAAGAACAAUAUCAACAACAACUACAACUAUAAUAUCAACAUCAACAACAAGAACAACAAAAUUACAACCACGCACUCUUCUUUGAUCACCUGCACUCUUUCCGGGCACGAUGAAAGCGCAAGCAACUUUUUACCGCCCCCCACGACAUAUCCAGCAUGUGCUAUAUCUUAUUCUUCUUUUUUGAUAUACCUUUAUCUUUCUCUCUUUUCCUUCACGGUAUUCUCCUUUUUUUUCCUUCUCGCACUCCUAUAUUAAGCUUUCGUAUCAUUACUUUAUUCGUCAAUUUAUUAUCGAGUCGUCUACGUAAUUUCUCUUUUUUUUUCUUUCCUUCCCUCCUUCCUUUCUUCUUUCCUUUUUUAUUCUCCUUCUUCCGUUUCCCAUAUCCCUUCGUCUAUAUCUACUAACACGGCGCGAACGUUCGAUCGAUACGAUUGAUAACGAUAGGAAGAGAAAGAAAGUAAUUUGAGGAACCGAAGAAAGUUUCCUUCGAGAAUACUUUCCUCAUCUUUCGAUUUCGACGAUCUCUGUUCCAGGAGCAUACACUCUGUUCCCUACAAGGGCUCCAACGGCUACUCAAAUGGCUGUUCGAAUGGCUACUCUAGGUACUAGAAGCCAUCCGGCCAACUCUGCUAUAUACACAGAACAAAAUAAGCAUUCCUAGAACGCUUUUCUUUCUCUCUAAGAGACACACCAAACCUCUUAACAGAUAUCAUACCUGCAAUUUCUUUUAAUACGUCAUGUCGCUGUUAAUCAUCAAAUCCGUUGCUAGCGAUUUUCGAUUAGAAAUUGUUCUCCUCUUGUUUCUUUUUCUUUCCUUUUUUUUGUUUUCUCUUUCAUUUUUUUUUCUUUUUCUUUUUAUCUCCACGCACCGUCUAUGCAUCGUUCUCCCUUGUUCUUCGGCUUCUUCCAUCCAUCCCCCUCUUCUUUGAUCGUUCUCACUUCUCUCUUUCUCUCUCUCUCUCUUUCUCGUGUUUCCCUUCCAUUCCUCGAACCUAGACAUCUAGACGUCAGUCACAUCAUCGAAAGAAGCUUUCGAUGCCACCAAUAAACCAGACGACGAACUAGACUUUCCUCCAACACUCGACGACACAACCUGGUGAAAAAAGUCGUCGAUCGAGUACGGCCUUUUUAAUCUGUCCAUCAACGGUGUCCUCGUUGAGAAAAAGAAGAAAUCGAUAUCGAACAAGAUCGAUACCUUCGGUGGUCGCCGAGCCGCCGUCGAAAGAUGAAUUCAUUAGCGGAGCCGGCCAUUUGUCAAAGACAAAGCCGACCCAGCCGGUGAAUGGUUUUAACGACGAGACGAAAUCAUUGGGAAAAGAAGAGUGAGAGAGAAAGAGAUAGAGAGAAGGGAGGAUACAGCGACACGGUGGAAAGGACUACCUUCCAACGCUAAUAACAAUCCAACUUUAAAGAUGUCUAUCCUUCGAAACGUACAAUUAUGGCGCGAGGAAGCGUGCAUUCAUGAAGGAUCUCGAAUCGAGCUCGUGCUGCUCCUCCGGGCUAACAUUUCUAAAUUGGACUACGUAAUAACCCGGAGAAAGAAAGAGAAAGAGAGACAGAGAGAGCUGCUGUUGGAUAAGGAGGAUGAGGAGUAGGAGGAUGCAGCACCCUGGACGUACCUACUACUUGGUCUUUUCUCUGUUGGCUACCGUGAACCACGCCCAGGCUUCGGGCGACGUGAACCACGUCGUCUCCAACUUGGAAACAUCUGCCACCGUAGUUGAGACUACGAAAUCAUCAAAUCUAACUCCUGGAGAAGGAAAGAGGAAAAGAGAUAUCUUUGACAAACGAAAUCGUGCGGGAACUCGAGCAACGCUGUCGGCCGGGACGUACACGUACCUACAACUUGAUGACCUUGGGGACGUAAAACGAGGCGGGUCCACGCGUCGCUCAUGCAAAAAUACCAGUCAGCUGGGAUCAGCUUCCAGUGGGUGAACCGUUCGCGGAGUUGUCACCUUCGAUUUCGUCUCCGGAAGACGGGCUCGUUCGAUUGGAAAUAUGGCAUCGAACCGAUCCCCGCAGAUGAUUUUCCCUUCGUCCUGAUCAACUCUCUCUCUCUCUCUUUCUUUCUUUCUUUCUUUCUUUCUUUCUUUCUCGCGGACUUUACCACCGAUGCCAUCGUGGAUCCGUUUUUUCCCUCUUCUUCUUCUUCUUCUUCUUCUUCUUUUUCUUCUUUUUUUUUAAUCUCAAUUUUUUUUCCCUUUCCCUUCUUACAUUUCUCUAACAUCUUACAGUCAUGUCCUUCGCGAGAAGGAACGCCCACGAUAGCGCGAGCUGUUCAUUCCGAAGACGAGAUCGUAGAGAGCUCAAGUAGAGUGAAAGAGAGAUCGUAGAUUGCUAACUUAUGUGCAGAGAGAGAGAAAGAGCGAAAGACAGACAGAGAAAGAUCACAGUAAGACAUUUUUAUAUUCGAUUGUAUAUUCAAUAUUGUUAGGUAUUUUUUUUCAUCAUUUUCUUUUUAAUGUAUUAUUUUUUUUCUUUUGCUUUUCCUUUUUUCAACAACUUGAAUUAUUCUCUUUUCUUCGAUUAAUCCAAUUUAUAUGAAUAUAUUUUUCUCGCGAACCUUUUUUAAUUGUCUACGUACACAAAUAUAUACAUACAUACAUACGCAUGCACGCAGCAAGGGACCACAUACACAUACGCACGUUGUAAAAGAAUAACACUUUCUCGUACUUUCUCAAGAAUACACAUUUGUGCGUUAGAAAGAGAGAGAGAGAGAGAGAGAGAGAGAGAGAGAGAGAGAGAGAGAGAGAGAGAGAGA